AUGACACACACCGUCAAGGCCACAGGCGUCCCCAACGACCCCUACCCCUUCUGGCCCAGGCAGCUCAAGCCCCUCCACGCCCUCGACGGCGUCCCCGACCUCGUCGCACGCCUCAAGCAGGCAGUCCUCACCGCCGCCUUCGAGGGAGGCAAACAGCCCCAAGUUCUAGGGAAAGACGACGAGGGAUUCUCAUCCGCGGCCUCCAUAUUCAAUGGGGCUGUCAAGACACCAGCCUUGGCACUCGUCAAACCUGUCAACGCCAUGGACGUCAGCCGAACCAUCAAGUUUUGCAAGCAGCACUCUAUCGAGGUCAGCGUCAAGGGCGGUGGCAAUGGCGUCCACGGCUGGAGCGUGGCCGGGCAUGUCAUUCUCGACCUUUCAGAGCUCAACGACAUCUCGAUAUCUCUCCCCAGUCCCUACCCGCCCACUCUUCAAGAGUCUUUCGAAAAGCUCCGAGUCAGCUCGGCUACCCCACCAGAAGUCUUGGACCGACAGGCCAUUGCCCAGCCCGCCAAGUCGAGCAUCAAGCGACAUGCUGUAGACGGUGUCGAAGACGGUACCGAGGCUGACGGGUCAAGAGGAAAGAGAAAGACUGGAAAUGGUCUGGGUAUCUCCUACCGAGCCACCGACGCUCUACCCAUCUCCAACGCCACUGCUGGUCCCUCAACCACCCCCCGAAUCACCUACGUCAACCCAUCACAAACCCCCACUUCAUCCUUCCCCUUCCUCCCCACUACGGUCGGAGACUCUUCGUCUUCCACAUUGUUCAAUGCCCAAUCAGGGUACACCCCUUCCUAUCUCAACCUCCUCCCUCAGCACUCUCUCUUCAAUACCAACGCCAACCCCCCGCCUUUCACGCUGGUGACCUUUGGUGCGGGUGUCAGGUCCAAGCAGCUCGAUGACUAUACUGGUGCAUCGCCUUACGGUGCUUUCCACGUCCCCACCUCGGCCUUUCCCGUCGGCUCUGGCCAGUUCUUAUCGGGCGGUUUCGGCUUUUUGAGCAGAAAGCACGGAUUGGGAAUGGACAACCUUGUUGAAGUCGAGAUGGUGCUCGCAGACGGCAGAAUAGUCUGGCUGGGCGACGAAGGGGCCAAGGGGGGCGACUGGAAAGAGGACGAGGAUCCAGAGGAAGUCUGGUGGGCGGUGAGAGGAGCGGGGCCAGUUAUCGGCGUGGUGACGAGGUUCAGGGCCAAGGCCUACUACACGCCGAGUGUAUACGCUGGCAUACUCAUCUACGUAUUUGACGAAAACACCACCCCAUCCCUUCUCCGCCACGUCCGCGACUGUAUCAAAUCAGCGACUCCCUCCCUUUACGCCAACAUCAUUCUCACUGCUGGUCCACCCGGUGCUCCCGCCAUUGUCGUGUUUCAACUAUGCUUCUCCGGCAAGAACGCAAGACAUGAAGGAGAGAACUAUGUACAAGCGAUCAGUAGUUGGGAGGGAGGAAAGAGCUUGUUCUCAGACUUUUCGGAGAGAACUUUCGGAAAGCAGCAAUUGGCCGUGGAGGAUGUCUUGAAGGGAGGGUACGGCAGGAAAUGGUUUAUCAAAAGCGAUCUUCUUCUGAGUCUCACAGACGAGGUCAUUGACCAGACUUGCGCACGAUUCCAUUCCGUCCCCGACGGCUGCACCUGGCUCUUUGAAUACACUGGCUCCAAUGCCCUCGCUUCUCCGCCCCACACUAAACCUGGAUCUUGUUUCCCCGAGUCGCAUAGAUCGGCGGCGUUCACGGUCGCUGCGCUCCAUCAGUGGGCACACGAUGAGAGCCCAGAAGAGGAUGCAAGGUGUGUGUUGACGGCGGAAGAGUGGAUCGAAGAUGUGAUACACCCCAAUUCGCCUGGAGGCCCUUUGCCUUGCUUUUUGCAGAGCCAGGAGGAACACCGUGUGGUGGGAGUGUACGGUGUAGAGAAUUACGAGCGCUUGAAGAGGUUGAAGAAGCAGUUGGACCCGGAUAACAUGUUCAAACAUGCCAUGUGGCCAGUGGAGAUCAAGUCAUAG